AUGGACUCCGCCUCGGUAAAGCAAGCUGUCAUGCAGCAGGUCAGCAGCGAGGCCAACAUGGCCAACGUGCGCCUUCUCAUUGAGGAAAACUGCUUCCAGAAGUGCGUCCCCAAGCCGGGUAGCUCUCUCUCCAGCAGCGAGCAGUCAUGCGCCACCUCGUGCAUGGAAAAAUACAUGGCCGCCUGGAACAAGGUCAACUCCUCCUACAUCGACCGCCUACGUCAAGAGCAGGGCGUGCAGAUGUAA